AUGUCAAUUCAUUUGUUUGGAUUCUUCAAACCACCAAACAAUCCUAGAGGAUUGAUAUUUAAUAAUUUAAAGUAUCUUCAAAUCCCAUCUUGUCAACAACCAUUCAUGCCUUGGAAUCAUUUCAAAGUAUCUCUACCUAAACUAGAGGUACUAUUAAUGGAAGGUGAUUUUAAAAAUCCUUGUCCUGUAUUGAUAGAUUAUUUAAUAGCAAGAGGAGGAGAGGUUCAAUAUAUUGCACCAAUCCAUUUAACUCUUGAUACGUUUCCACUCAUUCAAUACCUUCCCUAUUAUUUAGAUCUAACGAUCAACAUGCUCAGUUGUACAUUCCCACCAAUCAAAUACCAUCCAUCAUUGUUGGGAAUGAAUUUUUGUUCUAUUGCAUCAAUAGACGAACUUUUAAAGUUGGAUCCAUUUCAAAACAUUCCAUUUGUAACACUGAAAAGUUUGAAAUUGGAAAUACGCAACCUAGACGCCAUCACACCAUACCUAGACAGAUUCAAACAAUUAGAUACACUUGUCAUCCUCCAUAGAUUGUUUUCAGAUACCGUAGAUGAAUCAUUAUAUCAAGGUAUUUCACAAAUCCAAUCACUCACCCAUCUAGACUUGGUAGUUGGCAAUGGACAUUGGAAUGAAAACAACUAUACACCAAUGAUCAAACAACUUGUCAAUUAA